CCGGGAGGCGUAGUUCUCCUGGCCGGAGCGCUGCUCGCCUCUCCGCUCGGCGCGUUUCGGGCCCCGCGAUGCUCCGGGCGCGGCUCCUCUUGGCGGCGCUGGCCGUGCAGGCGGCGGCGGCGGCGGGAGGCAAGUACUCGCGGGAGGCCAACGAGGAGGCCAAGGCGGCGGCGGCGGCGGCGCCCCCCGCGGAAUUCCGCCUGGUCAAGCUGAGCCAGGUGUGGGCGAAGGCGCAGCGGGUGAGUCGGAAAGGGAGCCCGGGGUCAUCCAGCCCAACCCCCGCCAGGCGGGCAGCUCAGCUGGGCCAGCUCCGCCGGGAAACCCCCCCUCCGACGUCACGGGAUCCCCCCUCGGAAGGGAGCCCCCCCCAGGAACCCCCCCCCGACGUCACGGGAUCCCCCCUCGGAAGGGAGCCCCCCCCAGGAACCCCCCCCGACGUCACGGGAUCCCCCCUCGGAAGGGAGCCCCCCCCAGGAACCCCCCCCCCCCGAUAAUGCGGGGCUCCGACCUCGCCUGGGAAACUCCAAGGAAGGGGAGGCCGGCACCUUCCCGCCGUCGAGGGGGCGCGUUGCUUGUGCCUUUCGGGUUCUUUGCGGUUUGUAAGCCGCUCUGGGGCUCAUUGGAACGGAAAGCGGCGCGGGAAUGCAAAAGAAAUCCAGUUUCGUCCUCCAAGUUACUCCUCACGUCGAGUCGGAGCCUCCCUUCCCGUAACGAGCCGUCCCGCCCCCUCGGAGGGGCGGCUCCUGCUGGCCUCCCUCGGGCCACUUGGCGGCUCGGCUCGGGAAGACCCCCGGCGGGGAAAGAGUCGCCCCCCGCCUGCUGGGAAGGGUGCUGGGGGAGGGGGGGUCCAGCAACGUCUCCUGGAUCCAGGCGGCCGAGGCCGGACGGGGCUGGCGCCCCACUCGAUGGCGGAUCGCUGGGUUAAUCUUUAGCCGGAUCCCGCCUGGACGGCGCCCGGAGGGGUUAAUCUUCAGCCGCCCCACCGGCUGGUGGUCUCUCCAAGGUGCCUGGCCGAGACUGGCUUUUACCUGGGGGCGCGGAGGUGCAUUACAAGGGGGGCGAAAAUCCAGUCUGAACAGGCGAGUAAUGAGCAGGGUCCCUCCGUCGUUGUUUUUUAAAAGCCUGCAUCUUUCUCGUCCAUUUAGGGCAGGUCCGGUUGGGGGGUGAUUUUGGCCAGAGGGCUUGUCAGUGGGAGAGGGGGCAAGCAGGGAGGCAGCAUCGAGGCAGUCUGGCCCCUUCCUCCAUCUCCCUGGUCCCCCAGAAAGGACUCUUGUUCAUGCUUUUUCCCACCCAAAGAAUGGAGGAGACUCUUCAUGGAGCAGAUCUUCCCUCUAGGGAACCUGCACACCACUUGAAUUUGAUUCUCAGUGCAACUGAUUCAGACCCUCCUCUCCCCCCACCUCCCCAAAUGCCUUCUGUUUUUGCAGCUCCACCUCUCUGCUGUUAAAUUGGCAGAGCUACACAGCGAUCUAAAAAUUCAGGAGAAGGAUGAGCUGAGCUGGAAGAAACUGAAGGCCGAAGGGCUGGAUGAAGAUGGAGAGAAGGAAGCCAAGCUCAGGCGCAACCUAAAUGGUAAAGAACUGCUCCGUUCUGUAGACCCGGCUUUGGGUCACUGAGGCUUUUUAAAAGAAACCCCAAAUAAAUAGGAAAACCACCCUUCCCAUUAGAAGUCUGCAUGCCUUAGCUGUCUAAUGCGUUCAGACAGGCUGUGGUGCAGUGAUAACUGAGAACACUGUUGGCUACAAACUCACUGAUGCAUCUGGUGUCAAGAGAUCUAAGAGGCUGUGGGAGCAGCUUUCAUUCAUCUGGGUUCUUUGCAUGGAAGCUCCCCUCUGAGUCACUGCAGAACUUCCUGCAAAGUGUUUUGCAAUUUAACUGGCUCCGUGUUCUGCAAAAAUUCCUGAGCAUGAAAAGCUCUGCUGCAAACAGUGGCUCUUGUGGAGCUGACUCCAAGCUGCUUCAAGUUCAGCUCUUGCCUGAGCUUCCUUUCUGCUAGGUUUUCCCAGGAGGAGGCAAAUGUCCCGUUGUCUGUCUUGCUGGCUGCUUCUGGGCACAACAAACUGGCUUCCCAGGCUGCUAGGGGGGCCAUUUGCCUGGGGAGACCUGUUUUGGUGUCUCCACCUACCGCUAGAUGGAAGAUACAAGAGCAGGAUUUGGGGCAGUCCUGGGUGAGAAGCAGGGCAGUGUUCUGGGUGUAAAUAUCCUCCACUUUCAAGAAAUUGCACUUUUCACUAGAACUGCCACUAGCAUCCCUCUUGGUCCCUCAAGAUGUUUUGACCUUUCCUAAGCAGGAAGACCUCUUCAGGAUGUCCUAACCAUUGAUGCUUGGUGGAAAUAUGGUCCUAAGACGGCCCUCGUGGUCCUGGGCAGGCAUGCGUUGCUUUGCUGAGUCAGACCAAAGUCCCUUUAAUCCAGGAUUCUGUCUCCCAUAAUGGCACAUUAGAUGCCUGUGGGGGAAAUGGACUGCCCCCUGGACAAUGACCAGUGGUCCACUAAAUUUGGCUUUGCCCACCUCUGGCAAAGUGAACUAACAGGCCUGGCAGAUAAGGGCAUCUCAGCAUUUUUUGGUCUUGCUUCUGACAUACAAAAAAAAAGGUGAUGGCCUUUAAAAUCCAACUCCCACCAAGAGACCUGGUACCCCCAAGUUCAUUAUCAGUCAGAGAAGCAUGAAUGGAGGCAGGAGCAAGGAAGAAAGAAAGGCAGAUCUUUAUUUCCCUGUUGCAACAGAGUCCCUCCCCCCAGAACUUGCAAGGAGGUGAGGACCCAGAACAAAGGUGUGUAGCAACUUUCAAAGGCUUUAUAAAUUGCCCAGCCCCUUAGCCAAAGACCAGCCAAAAGCACCAUGCACCACAAAAAUGGGUUGCACAUGUAACUCAGGCCAAGCUCAGAGCUCAGGUUUCUGCAACACAUUUGCAUGUCUGUCACUCAGAGAUUUGAACAAUACCAGAUCCUUGUUUUUCCUGGCUUGCCAGAGCAUCUAUUGAAAUGCUGCAUAGGUACAGAAUCUAUUGACAUAAGAUUGGGUCCCAUUCCUAACAAGAUGUUUAUUUAUUAACAGGGCUUCAGACUUUCAAAUAUAAAGACUGCUGGCUGUGGAGGAAUGGUUUUAGCAAGAACUUCACUUCCUUCUGUCUGUUUGGAAGUGGGUCUCACAGUCCAGCUGGAGGCUAAAGAUGGCCUUGCUUUUGCUCUCUGAACUGUCUAAUAAUACACUCAAAUAAAGUGUCUAUUUUCCCAGAAAACAUUUCUUAAAUUGUUGAAGGGUGAAGGAUCAGGUUUGGGGUUUUUUAGGGGGAGGGUUUCUUGCUAUGUGUGUGUUCCUUAAAAUUUGUGCAACCCUUCUGUUGCCCCUCCAGUGAUUCUGGCCAAGUAUGGAAUGGAUGGGAAGAAAGACGCGCAGCUGGGAGACACAAACUACGUCAAAGACAGCCUGGAGAACGAUGUGCUCGAUGAUCCCCGGCUGGAGAAGCUCUGGAACAAGGUCUGUCUUUGAGUGGGGGGUGGUCUUGUUGUGUCCACAAUGUCAGCACGUGCGUGGAUCUAGCCCCUGAUUUGCUAGUCUAAUAGGAAUGCCAGCACAGGGAGAAGCGAUCAGCAGUUGGGGGGGGGGAUUGAACCCUAAUGCUGUACCUGCAGAUUUCCCCCCUGCAAAUGCAGAGGCCCCUCCCCCCCAGAAAGACUCACAUCUGAUUCCAGAGCUUGGCUGUAGUGAUAGAGAGAUAGAUAGAUAGAUAUCAAGGGGAACCAUCAGUUUUUGGAGCGUUCUGCCCUCCCCUAAUUCUGCCCUGUAGAUGCCUCAUAGCCUAAGUCUUGCAAGGGAAAUACAUCUCUGACGGAUAGUGUCAUUGGGAGACGCUGAAUCCUUUAAGAAGGGGAGUGGGUCCAUUAAAGGGGCACCCCCUAUUUUCUGGUGACAGUUCCACUUCACACGUCUUCACUGAUCAGUUAUGUUCUUGGGGAACUGAAGGCAUCUGGCCUCGCCCCAGAAUCAGGUGCCUCAAAACAGGAUUUCCAGGGAGAGAAAAUUUGUAGGACAAAGCAGCAGGACUCAAAGAAAUUUUGUGUGCCCCACGUUGCAGUCCAACACCUUCCAAAACAGGAUAUUCCAUAAAACGCUGCAUCCCUGCCCAGUUGGCUAGGUGUGAGGCUGCUCAGUCCCCCAGCUGGUCGGGCAGAGCCCGUGGGUCCCUGCGGAAUAAAGGAGGAGUCCAGCCACCAACCGGAGCAAAAAGCUGUAGAUCAAGGUUUAUUGCGCAUCAGGUUCAAAGAGGAAUUUUGAACCCCGAGGAUGGGGAGACGAGGACUUUUAAAACUUCCCACCAUAUGCCAGAAUACAGUUCGGACAGCAUCAUUGACAUGUCACAAAAGGGGAGGGGUAGGCAGGGGUUACACUAGUUUAACCUUGGCAGACAUGUCCAGACAAGUCCUUGGUACAAGAUUAGCAUAAGCAGACAUGUCAAGGCAAGACCCAGGGAUAAGAUUAGCAGAGGCAAACACCUCUGAAGUCCCACCACUCAAAGUACAAUAGAACUUCCCUUGCAUGUCUGGACCCCAUGGCAAGUUUGGUGAUGGGAUUAGGCUUUCCUUGGCCAACAAUCAGCUCAGCAAUUGUCACCUCUGGGCACUUCCUGGAGUCCUUUUUCAAGGGGGAAAUAGCUUUGGAAUGGAGGAAACUGGCAAAGGACCUGAUUUUAUAUGAUUGUUAAAGCUAGGUAACUUCCCUGAGCUGUCAAGUUGAAAGGAUACAUUCAGGCAUAAUAUUUGUAACAUCUAACAAUUUUAAAGAUGUGCCCCCCCCAUAAUUUCCAUAACACCCUCCUGCUACUGUUCUUCCUUGGAUCUCUCUUCAAGGCCAAAACUUCAGGCAAGUUCACUGAUGAAGAGCUGGACAAGCUGUGGAGGGAGUUCAGGCACCACAAAGAGAAAGUCCAGGACUACAACAUCUUGCUGGAGACCGUCAGUCGGACGGAAGGUAUUUGCACCCCUCUUGCCACCCCCCUUUUUGUAAAUAAUUUUUAUUCAUUUUUCAUUAAUACCACUCCAAUUGAUAGAAUAUCAUAUCUUGCCACAUCAUAAUACAAAUAAUAAAGCCAAUUACACAUUCCAAAUUAUAUAUUUUAAUUAGACUUCCCGUGUUCUGGCUGGUCAAGAGAAAUUUUUUUAGUUCUUGUUCCUGCUUUUUCUCUCUUGUUUAUUCCCAAUAUCAUAGUUCCGAUCUUAAUCCUUUAUCUUAUCAAACACUGGUGUGAGACUUUCACCUCCUGCCACUCCCUUGACCCCCUUAGGUAUUCCCACCCCUCACUUUGGGACAGGGUGGAUUUGAUUUAAAUCAAAUUGAUUUAAAUCAUGAUUUAAAUCGCUAGUCAGUAAGACUUGAUUUAAAUCAUUUUUUUUACAGAAAGACUCAUUCUUGCAUAUUUACAAACAGAUGAAGGUUUCAUUUUUGGAAUAAUAAAUUUUCAGAGUAGUUUUUACAGUUACAUCGAAAAUUAAUGAUUUGAAAUACAUAGGCAGAGAAUUAUGAAAUUAUUGUGAGGUUUAAUAAGUUAAGUGUUUAUAUUUGGACAACUUUUCUGCUGUGCUUUAUUGGAAGGAGAAAAAUAAUCAUUUCCUUAAUAACAAUUUAAACAAUUUAUUUAACUAAAACGAUAACAUUAUAGCAUAUGUAUGCAUGUUUGUUGACUGAUGCGGUUAAACAAUUUUUUAAAAACACACACAUACCUUAGGCUGAAUUUUAGCACACAUGAAAAACUUAAAUCAUUAUUUCCUAAUGAAUAGCCUUUGGACUAUAAUGUAACUUAAAACAGAAAAUUUUUAGAAAUAUUUUUCCUCCAAAAGCAUUUUAUUUUAAAAAUCCGGUUUAAAUACAAAGAAUUAGAUUUUUUAAAAAUUUAUUUUUAAAACACCCAUUCAUUUUAAUCCUCCCUGCUUUGGGAGCCUUCUCCCACCCGCGGCUUCCUCGGCUGAUGGUGUUUUCCGUUUGGCCCCCUCCCAGACACCCACAAGAACAUGAUCUCCGGCCUGGAAGAGGAGGAGGUUCCCCGCAAGCACGACCUGCUCCACCAGAAGCACUCUGAGCUCAAGGAGAAGCUGCACAGCAUCAGCCAGGGCUUUGAGCGGCUGCGCAGGGUCACCCACCAGGGCUAUGACCACUCCAGCGGUAGGUCUCUCUCCUCCCCCCCCGCUUGCACCUGCGGGUUAUCUGGCCGGGGCGCAGGUGGGUCUUGGCCAGGGGUCAGCAAACUUUUUCAGCAGGGGGCCAGUCCACUGUCCCUCAGACCUUGUGGGGGGCGGACUAUAUUUUGAAGAAGAAGAAAAAGAACAAAUUCCUAUGCCCCACAAAUAACUCAGAGAUGCAUUUUAAAUAAAAGGACACAUUCUACUCAUGUAAAAACACGCCGAUUCCCAGACUGUCCGUGGGCCGGAUUGAGAAGGCGAUAGGGCCAGAUCCGGCCCCCAGGCCAUAGUUUGCCUACCCCUGGUCUUGGCCAAUCCCUCAUCGUUGCCUUCACAAAUUCCACAACUGUCCUCUCGCAUUGGAGAAAGAUCUGCUUUGGACCCCCCCCCCCUUGGCAGCCCUGUGUGAUUCCAGGUGAUCGUUGGGGGAAACUGCUUGGGCGCCUGUGGGGAGCGGCAUUUGGGCAGGCAGGGAGGGUGGUUGUCAAGGCAACAGGGUAGGGAAUCCGAUGUGCCUGGAUGCUGUGGCCAGAAGUCUCAGGAUGGGGGCUUACAGGGCUGUGGGGCUGCUGUCUUGCUUGGGGGCUGCAUCUCUUUGGGGGCACCUGGUUGCCCACUGUAGGAGCCAGCAUGCUGGACCAUGUGGGCCCCCUUUGGCCUGAUCCUGAUGCAGCCAGCCACUCUCCUGAGGUUUUCCCUUUCUCACUCUUUGAACAAUUGAAAUAAGAUGGCCAGAACUCCAGGAGCUUCUCAGCUGGAGUUUAAUAGAGGAGAGAUACUUUCUCUUUUCGUGCACAAGUAUUUCCUGGGUGCAGAACAAAUAGCAGUGAAGCCUUUUUGCAAUCCAGCUGCCGCUGUUCGAGUUUCCACACAGAAAUCUCCUUUGUCCCUCCAGAAUUUGAGGAGCCCCGAGUGAUUGACUUGUGGGAUCUGGCGAAAUCCACCAAUUUCACAGAGAAAGAGCUGGAAUCGCUUCGGGUAUGUUGGCGUCAACCUCUCUGGUUUGGGGGCUUUUCUGGCCUGAUUCUGAUCAUCCUCUUGGCCGAGACACAAAUGCCUUCUUGCUUUAACAUUCGGGGGAGCAGGGGCUCCGGUUGGGUGCCUUGCUCUGCGUUGAUCGGGAACGAUGGCUGGGAUCUGGAAGAGCUGCGUUUGGAAGGGGCCCCAGACUGAUUUGUAACAAAUGCCUCCGUCUGAAAAAUGCUUUGCGUUCCUUGCGGAAAAGACGGUCCUGGUGCUCUCUGUCCUUCCUUGGUUCUCUCUGGGUGGCUGAGGGUACAAAGGAUCAUGUGUGUGUGUUUGGGGGGAGUGCUGUGACUUGUGGGACAUGAGAGGCAGUCAACAUUCCUUGUAAUGCUAGAGAACACAUGUAGGGGAAUGUUUGGUCCAGCCAGUCGAAACUUCCUCUUCCUCCUGGCUGGAGCAUCCUUCCUCUUGCAUGUGAUAGAAGGUGGGCGUGACCUCACCUGUCCAGGUAACAAAAGGAUGAGUCACGCAGCACACCUCUCUCUUUUUGACUUCCUUCUUUGUUUGACCAGCUUCUAGCUAGGACUGCUCUGUUAGCUCUCAGCUAGCAGAAGCACUGGGAUUAUUCCCCCAUAUGGGGUAGAUCCACAUGUACAUAUUUGUAAGUAACUCUGCCUUCAGGGAUCCAAUUGUGAACUGAUGUAAGUAAACGUCUUUUAUUGACUUUUAUUGACUAAGAUCGUGGCUUCUAUUCUUUUAAGAGGGAUUCAAGGGAUCUUACCAGGAACGUACAAUUCAAUCUGAGGCAGACUGAAUUGUAUAAUAGUGAGAGACUCACACAAGCCUGCAACCAGAUAUCUGCUGUGCGUGUAAAAAGGGGAAUGUAACUUGGCUAAAUAAAGGAACUUGCUAGCACAAGUUAAAGGUAAAGGGACCCCUGACCAUUAGGUCCAGUCGUGGCCGACUCUGGGGUUGUGGCGCUCAUCUCGCUUUACUGGCCGAGGGAGCCCCCGUACAGCUUCCGGGUCAUGUGGCCAGCAGGACUAAGCAGUGCACGGAAAUGCCGUUUACCUUCCCGCCGGAGCGGUACCUAUUUAUCUACUUGCACUUUGACGUGCUUUCGAACUGCUAGGUUGGCAGGAGCUGGGACCGAGCAACGGGAGCUUACCCUGUCACGGGGAUUUGAACCGCCGACCUUCUGAUCGGCAAGUCCUAGGCUCUGUGGUUUAACCCACAGCGCCACCUGCAUCCCUAGCAAGUUAGGAAGGAAAUUAAUAAACAAUAUAUCUUCUCCUGCCACCCACAACAUUUCCGCAUGACAUGGUUGCGCUCUCUGUCCUUCCUUGUUUCUCUGGGCGGUUGAGGGUGCAGUCUGCUGUGACAUGGGUGCUGAGGAGCUCCUUGAGGGCACGGGACACCGCUGUGCCCCCCUGCGUAUUUAUCAUAAACCCCUUUGAGUUCUUUCAGCUACAGAUAAAAGGAAGCGAUAUCUCCUGCUUUUCUAGGAAGAGCUGAAACACUUUGAAGCGAAGGUGGAGAAGCACCACCAUUACCAGAAGCAGCUGGAGAUUUCGCACCAGAAGAUGAGGCACAUCGAAGGGAUGGGAGACGAGGAGCAUCUCAGCCGCAACAAGGAGAAGACCGCCAUGCUGGAGGAGAAGACCAAGGAGCUGGGCUACAAGGUGCACAGGGGAGCCUCUGGGAGGGGAGAGGGGGUCCAGGACCCCCCCGUUCUUCACCCCCCCUGCACAUUCAUCUGGGGGUGCUCUGUGGUCUCGGAGAGGCGGGAAAUCUGAGCCUGCCUUGUUUGAGGGGAGACAGCGCUGGAGACAGAAUGGGGUGUGAGUGCCUUCCUAAGCAAUCUUCUUGUCCACAAAUGCGCAGGCGCUGCUGGUCCCAGGGCAGUGUCCUUCCAGCACCCCAAGAUCCUAAGAACUGCUCCCCCAAUCCCCCCUCGACACCUCUCUGCUCUGCCUCAGACCCCCUUCCAGAAUGGCUUUGGCCUCGCACUGCUUGCAUGUGUCUGGGCAGGAUUCCUUAGGGCAGCCAUAUUCAAAGCAGCAGGAGCAAGCAGCAAGCCUAUUGGUGUUUCGCAACUUUCUGACUAGUUGCAGGACCUUAGCCAGACCUAGCAGAGUAAAUGCAGAAUCCACGGAAGCAAUUGGCAACGUGGCUGCAGACAGGAUGGACAAAGCAGGAACCAGGAACUUGUAGUUAGGUGUUUAUUAUAUACGGUGGACUAUUUACAGGAAUAGAACACGGAUCUUUUGCUAGCUCUCUCUUACACGACUCACAACUCCUACACUGACACUGAACCACAGAACUCCCAAACUCUCACAUUCCAGUUAGUAGGCCAGAAAUCAUCAUUCACCGUGAGAGAGCUUGACCAAUCAGGGAGGUGUCUCCAUUCCUCUGUAUCACCAGGCAGACUUACUCCUUCACAUUGCCUUGGCUGUCUGCCAAACCCUAACUGACUCUGUGUGCGAAGCUGCACAUAUUCAGAUUCCCAACAACCCAUUCUUUUACGCUGACAUGCACCUGUCUCUUGUCUUCUCAGGUCAAGAAACAUCUUCAGGACUUGUCCACCAGAAUUUCCAGAGGCCUUCAGCACAAUGAACUUUGAAACUUCCAUGUUCUCGUAGGAUCUUUGUACAGUGAUCAAAAUCAGUAUAUAUCCCGAGGUUUAUAUAAUUACUUCAAAUUCUGGUGCAAAUUGUCUUUGGUACAGCCGCCGCCUUCCUAGUUUCUCUCCUAAUCAUUCAUAUCGGUGAAUCUUUGAAGACUCUGGGCGUGCAGGCUUCCAAGCACUGCAGAACAGAAGGCUCUGAAGUGAGAGACGGGUGUGGAAGGAAAGGGAAGGUUUGGAGAAGUCACUUAACUGCUGGGAAGCACGUUGGCAGGUGGGGAGGUUGCUCAAGAUUUUCAUGCACUGUGUUGAUUUCUCCUCCUGAAGGAGCAAAAUGUGGACAUAGCCGUGAGCCUGAUCCCCUGAGACUAGAAGAACCGUGAUCAUGUGUGCCUUUGCUGUGGCACCUGCAAGGACCAAGUUGUUGUGUGUGCAAAGUGUGCGGUGCAAAAGGACCCUGGAGAGACCGGCCAAAUAGGCAGAAUCCCCCUUCCUCCUUCCUCCUCCUCCUCCUCUUUCCUAUAGCCAGCAGAGGAGGAGGAGAGGGUGCCUGUUGCUGCUGAGUCCACGUCCUGCUCUUCUCUCCAGGGUCCUCUGCCCCUCCUCACCAGCCGAGAGUGUAGGUCAGACCUUUUCCUGCGAGAGUGAGCUGGCCGGCUCCUGGGGAAACUGAGGCUGCCUGUGGAGGGUUUCCCUUGAGAGCAUGUGGGGAACUGGAGGGAGUUGCACUGCUAGGAAUGACACUGAGUAGCUUGGGCACUUUCGUUUAAUUCCGUGUUUCUGUUACAUUUUGCGAAAUAAAUGGUCCGACUGAGG